AUGGCGACGGCGAAAAUUCACUUCAAACCACUUUUUGACGAGGUAAACUGUUUGCUCCAACUUUGAACGCUUGUAUCUCAGUCAAUUUUGACGAUUUUCGGAACAUUAAAAAACGAUUUUAUAGACAAUUUUAUGGGCUAUAACUUUGUAGUAGAACGCUUUUGACGAGCCUGCUUGUCCGCCGAGAUAUUGUUGUUUUCCGUACGCGUUUCUUGUGACGCGCCGUCGGCGGCAAAUGGCUCUUAUCUUGGGACACAGGCAGAAUCAUCAAAAACUGUCAAAGGAAAAGUUAAAGCUCAUGAAAUUAUCUAUAAUUUUCUUUUUUUACUUUCAAAAAAUAUUCAAAAUUGACCGAGAAACACACGGUCAAAGUUGGUCUUCCUCAACUCCACAGGGCAUAAAUAGUUAACCGACAAUAUCUCGGCGUAUAUAUGCAAAAUCAUGAAAACUCAUCAACUACAAACUUGUAGCAAAUGUCUUGAUCUACAACUUUGUAGUUGAUCAUUUUUCUCUAUCACGCCUACGCGUUCUGAUAUUGUCAAUUAUAGGUCAUUGCCGCAGAGGCCUUGGAAAAAGCAUUGAGAAACAAGGAGAAGCUGAAGGUUCUCGAGAUUCUCGUCUCGGUUAACAAUACCCAGCGACAAAUGGUAUCAAAUCUUCAUUUUUACCCGUGCUAACAGUUCACAUUUUUCAGAUCCGUACCCCGUACAAAACCCGCUACGGAAAGGACCUCGAGGAAGAGAUCAAGAAGGCGUUCUCUGGCGAUUUCGAGGAUUUUCUCGUUGCUCUUCUACAAACUCCCACUAAAUUGGACGUUACCGAGUUGAACAGAGCCGUGAAGGGAUUGGGAACCAACGAGAAGAACCUGAUCGAGAUUCUGACCACCCGGACCAACGAGGAGAUCGAGGCGGCCAAGUGAGUGUGGUCCCAGCGGAUCCAUAUAGUUCCAAGUCUGUUUCAUGCGAAAACUCGACAAUUGGUACAUCAAUUUUGCGAUUGACAACUUUUCCGUACACACCUUCCCAGGAAUACUGUAGUUUUUGGAAGUUUGGGCUCGUUCUGCAUGCCUUCAAAGUGCAGCAACUUCACGGCAUUACAGUACGCUUGGCAGUGAUUGCACAAAAAAGUUGUCAACGGCAAAAAUAAAGUGUCAGAGUUGUACUUUAUUUUUGUAGUUGACAACUUUUUUGUAGACACCUUCCCAGGAGUACUGUAGCUCUUGGAAGUUUGGGCUCUUUCAAAUCCGUACAGUACCAAUCUUUUCACGAGUUUAGGAUGUGUUCUGAAGCAAAUAGUGGCCCAUUUCCAACGGAAAAAAUGCGCGAAUUUUCAGAAACACGUACUUCAUGACGUACCAAAAGUCACUGGAAGACGCGGUGUCGGCGGACACCUCCGGCGACUUUAAACGUCUUCUCAUCGUGAUUCUGCAGGCGAAACGCGACGAGUCCGGCUUCGAGGACACGUUCAAAGUGGCGACGCACGCGGGCGCCAUUCUGAAGAGCGUCGAGAAGAAGGGCGGCGUCGACAAGUUCGACGCGUUCAAGACGUUUGCGACGGCGAGCGGACGACACAUUCAGAAGGUGAUCGAGGAGAUCGAGAGGCAGUCGGGCAAGGAGUUCGGCAAACUUGUCGAGAAGGAAUUGAGCGGCGACUUCAAGAACCUCGUGCUCGCCCUCAUCGAGACGUCGACGAAUCGGCCGAGGUUCCUGGCGAGCGCGGUGCACGCGGCCACCAAGGUUCCAAACAGUGGUCUCUUACUCACAAACCGACAAUUGUACUCUACAUUUUCAGGGAAUCGGCACUCGCGACAAGGAUCUCAUCCGCAUUCUUGUCUCCCGUUCCGAGCAAGAUCUCGUGCUCAUCGAGUACGAAUUCCAGACGCUUUUCGGCAAAUCAUUGCUUCAGGUCAGUCCCCCGCCCCCCGCUUCCAAAAAUAUCAUCCAUUUCUCCCAUGUUUAUUUUGCAAUGUUGAACGGAAUUGCAGCUAAUCAAGGAAGAGUGCAAGGCCGAAUACCGCGACGGUCUCACGCUUUUGGUGAAGGGCAACACGAGAGCGUAG